CAGUGUGGCCACGAAGCAAACGUGCCACGCGUCAUGUUCCAACUGGCCAGGCUGGAGGAUUGCCACGCGUGUCUCACCUGGUUGUGGGUUCCACGCGUACAAGUGGCGGGAUCCGUGAUCGCAUCGCUGCCGUUCAUCACCAUCACCGCGCAGCAUCGAGGGCGAAAAAUAACCUUUAUUAUACAUUGGGAAAAGAAUAAUAUAAGAUAAUAUUUUUCUCGUCGAUUUGGGGUUUCGACUUUCGACGAUGGCGCCUCCUCCCUCUUCUCGACCCUUUCUCUCUCUUCGUCACUGAUCGAGGUUGUGUUAGGGAUACCACGAUCCCCCAGUCCUCGUCGCCGUCGUCCAUGGCCGACGACGGUAGCGGGCCUCCCGCCGCCACCGUGCACAUACGCUGCUCCAACGGCUCCAAGUUCUCCGUCCAGACGGCGCUCGACGCGACGGUGGACGCGUUCAAGGCCGUGGUCGCUGGGAGCUGCGACGUGCCCGUGGAGGAACAGCGGAUGAUCUACAAGGGCCGGGUCUUGAAUGACGACCAAACGCUCGCGAGCUACGGUGUGGAAUCAGAUCAUACCAUUCACUUAAUUCGUGGUUCUGCUCCUUCAGCCAUGUCAGUUAACACAGAAGUGCAUAAUCAAGGACCUUCAAGGACAUCAGAUAGAAACUCAGCAUCAGGUUUUUUUGGAACUGGAAUUCCAGAAUUUGAUCAAAUGCAGCAGCUAACUCAGAACCGUAACGUAACGAGGGAAAUUAUGAACUUGCCUGCGAUUCAGAACCUUAUUAACAACCCUGAUAUCAUCCGGAGUUUUUUUAUGGACAAUCCCCAAAUGCGUGAGAUCAUUGAUCGCAAUCCUGAUCUUGCACAUGUUCUCAAUGAUCCAAGCACUCUGCGGCAGACACUUGAGGCAGUAAGAAACCCUGAACUCAUGAGAGAGGUGAUGCGUAAUUCUGACAGGGUUAUGAGCAAUAUUGAAUCUUCUCCAGAAGGAUUCAACAUGCUCCGACGCAUGUAUGAAACUGUUCAGGAGCCAUUCUUUAAUGCAGCAACUAUGGGAGGAGACUUAGGUGGUAAUGUGGGUUCCAACGCUUUUUCAGCUCUUUUGAUAAAUCAGGUUACUGGACAAGACAGUGAAAGAUCGUCGAACUUAACCACUAGUUCAGGACUAACAACUGGUUCUGGACCAAAUACCAAUCCACUCCCCAAUCCUUGGGGCAGCAAUGCUGGAGGGGCUCAGCCAGUAAUUACAAGGUCAGAUCGUGGCAGCACAACUGGCAUCCCUGGAUUAGGUGGGCUUGGUUCACUGGAUAUGGAACACAUGGUUGGUAUGUUGCAGGAUUCAUCCCAAUUAAGUCAGGUUUUGCAAAAUCCUGCCAUGAUGCAGACGAUGCAAAAUCUUCUUUCUGACCCUCAGUAUGUCAAUCAGAUGCUUGAUUUAAAUCCCAACAUGCGUGGUCUGUUGGAAUCCAAUACUCAGUUAAGAGAGAUGCUGCAAAAUCCAGAUUUUCUUUGCCAGCUUAUGUCUCCUGAAACUAUGCAGCAAUUGUUAUCCUUUCAACAGUCUAUGUUCUCCCACGUUGGUCAGCAGCAGUCAAGUCUGGAACAAGGGCAAACAGGUGGUGGUGUUGGCACCACAAACAACACAGGUCUCGAUUUCUUAAUCAACAUGUUUGGUGGACUUGGGGCUGGAGGUCUUGGUGUUCCCAACACUUCAAAUGGUCAUGGGCUUUAUUUUCAUCCUGGCAGUGCCACCGGAAGAGCUUUACGCGACUCAGCUGUCUCAGCUCCAGGAAAUGGGUUUCUUUGAUACUCAGGAUAACAUACGGGCGCUAACUGCGACUGCAGGAAAUGUACAUGCUGCCGUUGAGCGACUCCUUGGGAAUUCUGGCCAGUAACUUGUCUCAAAACGUUGGUAACUCACCUUUUUAGCAUGUCCUCCGUUCUGUGACUACGAUUCACCAGUUUCAGAUGCCUGAUAUAGCUUUCAUGUUCGCAAAUCACAUCUUCAAUCUUCAAUUCAAUUCACGGCACAAUUAAGUUUAGAGAGUCCAGAGGAAAUUGAACGGAAGCCUUGCUCGUCUAUCGAUUUAGGUAUUGUACCAGGUGAAUGGUUAGUGUGCAUACACAGAUGGUCGUAUUUUGAUCUAAUGAAUUGUGAAUAGUCAUAAUAUCUUGUUUUGUUCAAUAUUGUGAUGGUUUAACGUGGUCGCUACAUUCUCCUUA